CUUUGACCCCGGAAAGUCACUGCCCGGAGCUAAGAUGGCAGCGUCCGUGGCAGCUGCAGCCCGGCGGCUGCGGCGGGCCAUUCGAAGGUCGCCCGCAUGGCUGGGCCCCAGCCAUCGGCCGCUCUCAUCCGAGCCCCCUGCAGCCAAGGCCUCGGCCGUGAGGGCCGCCUUUCUGAACUUCUUUCGGGACCGCCAUGGCCACCGGCUGGUGCCCUCCGCCUCCGUGCGGCCCCGCGGCGACCCCAGUUUGCUUUUUGUCAACGCCGGCAUGAACCAGUUCAAGCCAAUCUUUCUGGGCACCGUGGAUCCACGAAGCGAAAUGGCAGGCUUCCGACGUGUGGCCAACAGCCAGAAAUGUGUGAGAGCUGGAGGACGCCAUAACGACCUGGAAGAUGUGGGUCGAGACCUUUCCCAUCAUACCUUCUUUGAAAUGCUUGGCAAUUGGGCCUUUGGGGGUGAAUAUUUUAAGGAGGAGGCAUGUAGCAUGGCCUGGGAACUGCUGACUCAGGUCUAUGGGAUCCCUGCAGAAAGGCUCUGGGUCUCCUACUUUGAUGGUGACCCUAAGGCAGGGCUGGAGCCAGACCUGGAGACCAGGCACAUUUGGCUGAGCUUAGGGGUGCCUGCUACUCGUGUGCUUUCCUUUGGACCACAAGAGAACUUCUGGGAGAUGGGGGAUACCGGCCCUUGUGGACCCUGUACUGAGAUCCACUAUGACCUUGCUGGUGGGGUGGGAGCCCCCCAGCUGGUAGAACUUUGGAACCUGGUCUUCAUGCAACACAACAGAGAAGCAGAUGGAAGCCUGCAGCCCUUGCCCCAGUGGCAUGUGGACACAGGAAUGGGCCUGGAAAGGCUGGUGGCUGUGCUGCAAGGCAAACACUCCACCUAUGACACUGACCUCUUUUCCCCGCUGCUCCACGCCAUACAGCAGGGCUGCAGGGCACCCCCUUACUUGGGCCGGGUAGGGGUGGCAGACGAGGGGCGCACAGACACAGCGUACCGCGUGGUGGCUGACCACAUCCGCACACUCAGUGUCUGCAUCUCUGAUGGCGUCUUCCCUGGGAUGUCAGGUGCCCCGCUGGUUCUUCGUCAGAUCCUCCGUCGAGCUGUGCGUUUCUCCAUGGAGAUCUUAAAGGCACCACCUGGCUUCCUAGGCAGCCUGGUGCCUGUAGUGGUGGAGAUAUUGGGAGAUUCUUAUCCAGAACUGCAAAGGAACUCAGCCCAGAUUGCCAACCUGGUGUUAGAGGACGAGGCAGCCUUCCUGGCCUCCCUGGAGCGGGGUCGGCGGAUCAUUGAUCGGACUCUGAGGACCCUGGGACCUUCAGAUAUGUUCCCUGCUGAAGUGGCCUGGUCCUUGUCACUGUCUGGAGACCUGGGGCUCCCCUUGGACAUGGUAGAGCUGAUGCUGGAGGAGAAAGGGGUCCAGCUGGACUCCACUGGACUGGAGCAGUUGGCCCAGGAGGAGGCCCAGCACCAGGCACGGCAGGCUGAGCCGGUUCAGAAGCAGGGAUUGUGGCUUGAUGUCCAUGCACUGGGGGAGCUGCAGCGCCAAGGAGUGCCUCCAACUGACAACAGCCCCAAGUACAACUACUCCCUGCGACCCAACGGGAGUUAUGAGUUCGGCACCUGUGAGGCCCAGGUGUUGCAGCUGUAUACAGAGGACGGGACAGCAGUGGCCUCUGUGGGGAAAGGCCAGCGCUGUGGCCUCCUCUUGGACAGGACCAACUUCUACGCAGAACAGGGGGGCCAGGCUUCAGACCGCGGCUACCUGGUGCGGAUAGGGCAAGAGGACGUGCUGUUCCCAGUAGCCCGGGCCCAGGUCUGUGGGGGUUUCAUCCUGCAUGAGGCAGUAGCCCCUGAGUGCCUGCAGAUCGGGGACCAGGUGCAGCUGCAUGUGGAUAAGGCCUGGCGUCUAGGCUGCAUGGCGAAACACACGGCCACCCACCUGCUGAACUGGGCACUGCGGCAGACCCUGGGCCCUGGCACAGAGCAGCAGGGCUCCCAUCUCAAUCCUGAGCAGCUGCGCUUGGAUGUGACCACCCAGACCGCAUUGACCCCAGAGCAGCUCCGGGCGGUGGAGAACACUGUGCAGGAGGCCGUGCAGCAGGAUAAGCCUGUGUACAUGGAGGAGGUGCCCCUGGCGCUCACUGCCCAUGUCCCUGGCCUGCGCUCUCUGGAUGAAAUUUACCCAGACCCUGUACGGGUGGUGUCAGUGGGGGUGCCCGUGGCCCAUGCAUUGGACCCAGCCUCCCAAGCCGCACUGCAGACCUCUGUGGAGCUAUGCUGUGGGACGCACCUGUUACGUACAGGGGCUGUAGGGGACCUGGUUAUCAUCGGGGACCGCCAGCUUUCCAAGGGCACUACCCGCCUGCUGGCCAUCACUGGGGAGCAGGCCCAGCAGGCCCGAGAGCUAGGCCAGAACCUGGCCCAGGAAGUGAAAGCAGCCACUGAGCGACUGAGUCAGGGGAGCCGGGAUGUGGCAGAGGCACUGAGGCUGUCCAAGGACAUAGGACGACUCAUUGAAGCUGUGGACACUUCUGUGAUGCCCCAGUGGCAGCGGCGGGAGCUGCUGGCCACGCUGAAGAUGCUGCAGCGGCGUGCCAACACUGCCAUCCGUAAGCUGCAGAUGGGGCAGGCUGCAAAGAAAACUCAGGAGCUGCUGGAGCGGCACUCGAAGGGGCCUCUGAUUGUGGACACAGUCUCUGCUGAGUCUCUCUCAGUGCUGGUGAAGGUGGUACGGCAGCUGUGUGAGCAGGCCCCCAGCACAUCUGUGCUCCUACUCAGCCCCCAGUCUAUGGGGAAGGUGCUGUGUGCCUGUCAGGUGGCCCAGGGUGCCAUGCCCACCUUCACAGCAGACGCCUGGGCACUGGCAGUGUGCAGCCACAUGGGGGGCAAGGCCUGGGGCUCACGAGUGGUGGCCCAAGGCACCGGAAGCACUACUGACCUGGAAGCCGCCCUCAGUACAGCCCGAGCCUAUGCCCUCAGCCAGCUCUGACCCAGGCCUGCCCGGGGACCCACGUGGACUAAAGGCAAUGCCAGGAGCCCUGAAGGAGCCAGCAGAACCUUCCCACUGGCUGAAGCGAGGACUAGAGGCUGGAGGCCAAGCAGCUGGGCCAAAGAGGAUCACCUGGGCCAGGUCCUACAUGACACAAGGAGACAUGGGCUAGGGAAGGCAGAAGUGGGCCCAAAGACACACACCCCUUGGUGAAUGAGAAGACAUGGGCAAUUAUGGCUGUGACUGCACAUUAGAAAUUAUUUCACUGGCCAGGCAUGGUGGUUCACGCCUGUAAUCCCAGCACUUUGGGAGGCCGAGGCAGGAUCAUGAGGUCAAGAGAUCAAAACCAUCCUGGCUAACACAGUGAAACCCCAUCUCUGCUAAAAAUACAAAAAAUUAAUCAGGCGUGGUGGCACACGCCUGUAGUCCCAGCUACUUGGGAGGCUGAAGCAGAAGAAUCGCUUGAACCUGGGAGGUGGAGGUUGCAGUGGGCCGAGAUUGCACCACUGCACUCCAACCUGGGUGACAGAAUGAGACUCUGUCUCAAAUAAGUAAAUAAUUUCACAGAGGACAGGAAGCUCCAGAGGUACUGUUACUUUAAAAAAGAGUAGUUUUGCCCCUCCCAGCAACCUGGUAUGGGUGCCCUAACACCAGUCUGAACUCACACUGUCUGAAAGGUCACCCAAGAUCCAAAUCAGGCCAUCUUCAUUGCCAUGAGUGUUCAGACAGGCUCUGUGUGCCAGGCAACAGUGGGCACUGACGAAGGGCUCCCUGGCUACUGGGACGACACGGAACCAUCCUAUGAAAAUCAUUUCAGCAGUGGAGACCUUUGCUAUCACUUCUUUCAUUAGCAAUGACCUCUAAAUUAAAUUGGGCCCUGCUGGUUUGUUGAUGAAUUGAGCAACUGAGAACGUGGCGGGCACCAAACACGAUUCCUUCCUUCAUGGAGCCUGCUUCUUGUGGAGGAAACAGGCAGUAAAGCAAAAGAAGAGGGUCAGGCUUGGUGGCUCAAGCCUAUAAUCCUGGCAUUUUACGAGGCUGAGGUUGGAGGAUUGCUUGAGGCCAGAAGUGCAAGACCAGCCUGCGCAAACACAGCAAGACCCUGUCUACAAAAAAAAAAAAAGUGAUCUUCCUGCCUCAGGCUCCCAAGUAGCUGAGACUACCCACGCUUUGGUCCCAGCUACUUGGGAGGCUGAGGUGGGAAAAUCACGCUAGCCCAGGAAUUCAAGGCCACAGUGAGCUAUAAUUGCACCACUGCACUCCAGGCAACAGAGUGAGGCCCUGUCAAAAAAACAAGGGAGAGUCAGAUGGUGAUGAGGUCUGGGGGGAAAAAUAGAUAAUGGGGAUUAGGAGUGUGGAUGGUGGUAGUCCCUCACCGAGAGGUAGCAUGUGAGCAGGCAGCCGGGAGGUGAAGGUGUGACCCAUGCGGAAAUCUGAGGGAAAAGCAUUCCAGGCUGAGGGAACAGCCAGUGCAGAUGCCGUGAGGUGGGGGUGAGGUGGCCAGUGCCACUGAGCAGUCAGCUGGGAUGGGGGCAGGUGAUGAGGUUGGAGAGCAGGAUCAGACGAACAGUACACUUCUUAAAACAAGUUGUACAGCACCUGCCUCAAGCCUGAGCUGAAGCUGAAAAUUGACACCUCAAAGCAGGAGGAAGCCAAGAGAGGGAGGAAAGCCCUCCUUCCCUACCAGAAUGAGUCCACCUCAGGCAGCCAGAUGUUGGACCUCUGCCUAUGUUCCUAGAUCUCUGUUGCUAGAUGAAGGAAAGGGUCUCAGGGGACCCAUGUUCAAAUCAAGGGCUCCCUGGGGACCAAGUUCUGUCUAGUAAAAAUUCUAGCAGCGUG